GUGCUGGGCUCUCUGCGCCACUCUAGUCUUCCUCAUCGACACCUCAACUCAGCCAGCCAACGUCCAAAUCUCUCCCUCCAUUCUUGAUACUGGUUAUAGCGCAUACACCCACAUCCUCCCUCAACACCCACAAUGAGAGUCUUACCCGCCUUCUUCUGGAUCUCCGCGUUCACGCCAGUCGCUCUUUCAUUCAAUUUCACCGCUCCCGAUACUAGCAACCCGGUCAACCUCUCUGAGCCUGUCGUUUUCAAAUGGGAUACCUCUACAGGGAAGCCCAUUCAGCCGUGGCUCCAGAUCAUAUUCGCUACCGGUGACUCCACUCAGACAGGUCGGUGGGGAAUCAACCUCGACCUGAUCAACAUCAGAAACACCAGCACGUGGACCUGGGACUCCCCCGAAUGGGUGGCGUCUGUGAACAACGGCUCCAAGCAGAUUCUCUUCGCCGGCGAGAAUAACUGGUUCGAAGCAACUUUUUCGAGUUUCCAAGAUUCCAACGACACCUUCUUGAGAGAUCCGUUGACGGAGACGGAGAAAUUCGAGGUCACAGGAUAUCCCAACCUCAAAGACCCUGAGUCUGGAGUUGGAGCGACGGCACCUUCGCUGAGCCUUGCGCUUGCACUAGGGGCUAUGGCUCUUAUUUUCAGCUCGACGGCUUGAAGGCCGUGGGCUUCUGAGGUCUUGUGUGAGGAGUUUGGGUCUGCGCGGGUGGUUUCUGUUGAUGAGGAUAACAUGUGGCCGGGGAGUGAAGGGGUUAGAUACCCUGGGGUUGGUUGACAUUAAUCAAAACACAAAUAUACUACCUAGAUACAAGGCUCGAACCCAC